AUGAGCGCUAUUCUAUCAGCGGACGAUUUGAACGAUUUUAUUUCCCCAGGAGUCGCUUGUAUAAAACCGAUUGAAACAUUACCUGUCGCAAAACCUUCUGGCGAUAAUGAACUCGAAAUAUCCUUCAAUACCGACGCCCCCCUUCCAUCCGAUUUACCUCCUGCCCAAAUAUCACUCACAGACUGUCUUGCCUGUUCGGGAUGUGUCACAUCAGCCGAAGCCGUCCUCGUAUCCUUACAAUCGCAUGCCGAAGUGCUAUCAGAAUUAGAUUCGGCUCCUGGUCUUCGCCUACAUAAAAAUGCUUCUGGGACAGGUAUAAAUGUGGAGGGCCGCGAACAAGGUGGGAAAAUAUAUGUCGCGAGUGUCAGUCCACAAUCGAGAGCGAGUGUUGCAGCGACUUUUGGAGUUACCGAACAAGAAGCAGGUUAUAUGAUUGAACAACUACUUAGUGGGCCAAAAGGAAUUAAGAACAGGGCGGUUUAUAGGAAUGCUUUUCAGUGGGUUGUGGAUACGAAUAUUGCGAGAGAGGCAUGUUUAGUUCUUGGGGCUGAGGAAGUUAUGGCUUCUAUGAAUGACACAGAAGGCCCCAAGAAACCUAUUCUGACGUCUUCAUGUCCUGGAUGGAUUUGUUACGCCGAAAAGACACACCCACACGUUUUACCACAUUUAUCACGGAUGAAGUCACCACAAGCAUUGAUGGGAACUCUUAUAAAGACGACAUUAAGUCGAAAACUUGGCAUUUCACCCGACAGGAUAUGGCAUGUAGCGGUUAUGCCAUGUUUCGAUAAAAAGUUAGAAGCUAGUCGAGAAGAACUAACUGACGCGGUUUGGGAAGGAACAGGAACUCGAGGGGUUAGAGAUGUCGAUUCUGUUAUUACAAGCAAGGAACUACUUAUGCUCGCAGAUUCCAGAAGUAUCGACUUUUCCAAAUUACCUCGGACUCCACUGCCUUCAUCAUCGCGCAUACCAUUUCCAGAUCCAAAGAUAGAUUCUUUUCUCUUCCCAGCCAAUCGCCGAAGCAGCAGCAAUGGUGGCCGCGACGCUGGUUCAUCCGGUGGAAACCUUUAUUAUAUCCUUCAAUAUUUUGCAUCUCAACAUAAAGGAUCAUUCGUCCAAACGAUCAAAGGCCGUAAUGCAGAUGUUGUGGACUACACUGUUGUCGCAGAUACUGGCGAAAUAUUACUCAAGGCGGCUCGAUAUUAUGGAUUCCGAAAUAUCCAAAAUCUAGUCCGACGACUAAAACCAGCAAAACCAUCUCGAAUGCCUGGUGGUAGACCUAUCGGAAGUGCUAGGCGACCGAACGGCAAGGCUACUGGUCCUGAUUAUACAUAUGUCGAAGUUAUGGCCUGUCCAGGCGGAUGUACCAAUGGAGGUGGUCAAAUCAAGGUUGAUGAUCCAAUAAAUACUAGUCGUCUGGAAGGUGAUGCCAAAGCCGGUCCGCAGGAACAGAAGCUGUGGUUGGCUCAAGUUGAUGAGGCCUACUUCUCUGGAGAAGAUGGUGUGGAGUCCUCGAGUGUUCAUGACCGCAAUGAUUUAUGUGAAGGAAUAUCUCCUUCAUACAUUAAAGAUACCCUGUCGCAUUGGGCGACAAUAACAGGCCUGGAUCUGGAGAGAUUGGUGUAUACGACAUAUCGGGAGGUUGUUAGUGAUGUCGGCAAAAAUGUCGGGGAUGCCGAAAGGGUAAUAGAGAUCGCCGGUAAAAUUGGCGGAGGUUGGUAG